AUGGUCCGCGGCAGCAAGCGCUGGGCCCUGUUCCCGCCGCGCCAGGCCCACAACCUGUACACCGUCGGCGAGAUAGCGAGCGUGGCCGCGAGCGGCGUGGUCCAUUACGUUAACGACGCCUACGGGAAGAGCAGCUCACACGGAACGCACUUCAGCCUUGUGCCGGACGUCUUCGCUCCGACGGACGAGAUUCUGGAGCGGUUCCCGCUCCUCCGGGAGGCGCUGCCGGACCGCUUGGAGGCGGAGCUGCAGCCCGGCGAGCUGCUCUUCCUGCCGGCGGGGUGGUUCCACCAGGUGCACUCCUUCGGCGAGCACAUGUCCGUGAACUUCUGGUGGACCCCAGCGUAG